GGAUUCCGGAUGUGCAACGUGGAAAUUAGCUCGACUUUUUCCUCGAGAACCCGCACCUGACCGUCUCUGUACCACUGGCUCAGAGCAAGCGAACAUUUGAUCGCCACAACAUUUUUACGAAACCGGAUUUAUCACAUUUCCAAAAUGCCUCUGAAAUUCGAGCUUUGUCCUGGCAGGAUGAUUGGGGGUUCUAACCCCUGUUUCAUUAUUGCAGAAAUUGGACAGAACCACCAGGGAGAUAUCGAAAUUGCCAAGAAAAUGAUCAAGAUGGCCAAGGACUGUGGGGCAGACUGCGCCAAGUUUCAGAAGAGUGAACUUGAGUACAAGUUCAACAAGCGUGCUCUGGAGCGUCCCUACACCUCCAAACAAUCCUGGGGCAAGACGUACGGAGAGCACAAGCGCCACCUUGAGUUCAGUCAUACACAAUACGUAGAGCUGCAGAAUUAUGCAAAGGAGGUUGGAAUUUUCUUUACUGCUUCAGGAAUGGAUGAGAUGGCUGUGGAGUUUCUACAUGAGCUUGAUGUGCCUUUCUUCAAAGUCGGUUCAGGGGACACCAACAACUUUCCCUAUCUGGAAAAGACUGCUAAAAAAGGUCGCCCCAUGGUGAUAUCCAGUGGGAUGCAGUCGAUGGAGACAAUGAGACGGGUCUAUCAGACAGUCAAGAAACACAAUCAGAACUUCUGCAUCCUGCAGUGCACCAGUGCCUACCCAUUGGAGGCUGAAGAUGUCAACCUGCGUGUCAUCGCAGAAUACCAGAAGGAAUUCCCUGAUAUUCCCAUCGGAUAUUCCGGUCACGAGUCUGGGGUCCACAUCUCCGUGGCAGCAGUGGCGCUGGGGGCAAAGGUCAUUGAGCGUCAUGUGACCCUGGACAAGAGCUGGAAGGGAAGUGACCACGAAGCUUCUCUGGAGCCCUCUGAGCUGACAGAGCUGGUGAAAGCCAUCCGAUUGGUGGAGAGGUCUCUGGGGACGAGCAUCAAGCAGAUGCUUCCCUGUGAGGAGCCAUGCCACGAUAAGCUGGGGAAAUCAGUGGUGGCCAAGGUGGCGAUCCCCAAAGGCACGGUGCUGAGUAUGGACAUGCUGGGGGUGAAGGUGGGCGAGCCGAAGGGCGUUCCCCCCGAAGACAUCUACCAGCUGGUGGGCAAGUCCGUCACAGAGGACGUGGAGGAGGACGAGAGUAUCACCCCAGACGUGGUCGAAAGCUACGGCAAGAAGAUCAAGUGCUGAGAGGUUGGGGUUGAAGAGGGGCCUUUCAGAUGGAGAUGGGACACAUGAUGAUCUUGUCUUCCAGCAUGACGCUGGUUACCAGGAAGAAGAUGUAGAG